AGGGAAAAAAAAACUAAUGACUGCAACGUGCUGCUUACAGCUUUCAGAAAGGAGUCCACCUCAGCACGAAGGAGAAGGGCAGAGAUACUACAGAAAACAAAACAGCUAAAGAAAGCUUUAAGGGAAAACUGUGGGACUGCAUAAUUCUGUACUUGAGAGAUGGAGCAACCUCAGCAGCAGCAUUCUACAGCAUCCAACGUGGGACUCCAAGGACAGCUAUUAGAACUAGUGAUGGCACUGCUAUCUGGGGCAGAGAAGAACCAAGCACCUGCAUAGCCAAAUGGGCCUUACUUAUAUUCAUUUUCUAUAUUAAUGCUGCUGUUUCUGCUGCUUCUUUGGAUUUACUAGGAGCCAUUUUGCCAUCCUACCCCACUUCUCAUUCAUUCUUUUCUCCUUUCCUCUGCUAAUUAAAAUUGCAGAAGCAAAACCAGGGAUGGUGCAUAAGCUUCCUCUCUCAUGCUCGCUCGUGGAGAACUGCGCACAUGAAUUCUCUUAACUGAGAUGGAGAAAAGAACUAGCAAUUUGCUGAAGCCGGGGUAGAUCCAGUUAUCAAUUCCGUGCCAAAUCCCAGACGAUGAAUUAUGAACAUGCCACAUCAUGAAUCUCCUGUGGCAGGUAACUGUGCACCGUACCUGGAAUGCUUCCCUGCUGUCAGUAAUCUACCUCACGGUGCAAAUGUGGAUCCUGUCUGCUGCUUCAGCUGGACCACAGAGCUGCCCUUCUGUAUGUUCCUGCAGUAAUCAGUUCAAUAAGGUGGUGUGUACACGACGUGGUCUUUCAGAGGUACCAAAAGGUCUCCCCAAUAACAUCAAGUACCUCAACCUCAUGGAAAAUAAUAUUAUGAUGAUUCAGGCAGACACAUUCAGGCAACUCCAUGAACUGCAAGUUCUACAACUGGGGAGAAACUCCAUCCGGCAGAUAGAGGUUGGUGCUUUUAAUGGUCUUACUGAUCUUUACAGGCUGGAGCUAUUUGAUAAUUGGUUAACUGUCAUUCCAAGUGGAGCAUUUGAGUACUUGUCCAAACUCCGGGAGCUGUGGCUCAGGAACAACCCCAUUGAGAGCAUUCCUUCCUAUGCCUUUAACAGGGUCCCUUCCUUAAUACGUCUGGAUCUUGGGGAGCUAAAAAAACUGGAGUACAUUUCUGAAGGUGCUUUUGAAGGAUUAUACAACUUAAAAUACCUUAACCUAGGGAUGUGCAACAUAAGAGAAAUGCCAAACCUUAUGCCACUAGUAGGGCUGGAGGAACUAGAAAUAUCUGGGAAUAAUUUCUCACAAGUUAAACCAGGAUCUUUCCAGGGGUUGAAGUCUUUGAAAAAGCUUUGGAUUAUGAACUCCAGGAUCAAUCUGAUUGAAAGGAAUGCCUUUGAUGACCUCACAUCACUGGUGGAGUUAAAUCUUGCCCACAAUAAUCUGACCUCCUUGCCAUAUGACCUUUUUGCACCCUUGCGGUACCUUGUGGAGUUGCACUUACACCACAAUCCAUGGAACUGUGACUGUGACAUCGAAUGGCUUUCAGGGUGGCUAAGAGAGUACAUACCCACAAAUUCCACAUGCUGCGGGCGCUGUCAUUCACCACCACACAUAAGGGGGAAAUAUCUUGUUGAUGUAGACACAACUUUGUUCCAGUGUUCUGCGCCAUUUAUAAUGGAUGCUCCCAGGGAUCUAAACAUUUCCGAAGGACGGGUAGCUGAACUGAAGUGCCGAACUUCUGCUAUGUCCUCAGUUAGGUGGCUGUUACCCAAUGGGACUGUACUGAGUCACAGUUCUAACCAUCCACGAAUACAAGUACUUAAUGAUGGGACACUAAACUUCUCUUAUGUUUUAUUAACAGACAACGGAACUUACACAUGCAUGGUCACUAAUAUAAAAGGAAAUUCAAAUGCUUCGGCCUUUCUCAAUGUGAGCACUGCAGAGCUAAAUACUUCAGUCUACACAUUCUUCACUACAGUUACAGUAGAAACUACUGAGCUUUCACCUCCAGGAAUUCCUCCUUAUUAUAAGCCGGUCACAACUCCUUUUACAGAAUACAGACCAGCAUAUACCACAUCUACCACAGUGCUUAUCCAGAGCACUAAAACACCAGAACAGGUGGUGGUGGUUACAACUUCUGACACAAAUGACAAAACACUCACUAGCCUGGAUGAGGUCAUGAAGACCACCAAAAUUAUUAUUGGCUGCUUUGUUGCAGUGACGCUAUUGGCAGCAGCCAUGUUGAUAGUGUUUUAUAAACUCCGAAAACGACAUCAACAACGGAGCACUGUGGCAGCAGCCAGGACUGUAGAGAUUAUUCAAGUGGAUGAGGACAUCCCCUCAGCAGCUCCAGGAGGUAUACCAGGUGAGGGGGCAGCAGUGCUGCCCACUAUCCAUGAUCACAUGAACUACAACACUUACAAACAUGCACAUGGGGCUCACUGGACAGAAAACAGCAUUGGCAACUCUCUCCACUCUACGUUUACCACAACUAUUCCGGAGCCCUUUAUCAUUCAGACACACUCUAAGGAGAAGGUGCAGGAGACGCAGAUAUGACAUGUACAAAUUAUAAAUGCAAAAGAAUGCACAAAAAGGGAUGGUAACACUUUUUGUAAAGAGUGCAAAAUAAGAGACUUUUUUCUUGUAUAUGCUUAUAUAAUAAAAAUCUAUGGGCUGAUAAAAGAAACAAAUUAUAUUAAAAAAAAUAAACUAUU